CAAAUUUUCAAAGCGAAUCAUCUCCGUCGUUCCUGGACCGAAUGACCUGAAAUUUUGCACAAUGCAUAUGGUAGAGUGGACCAAUACCUAAAAGUUUGGUACAGGCGUGCAUGGAGUAUUUAUUUAAAGAACCCAAUUUUCAUUUUUGGCGUAUAUCACUUCAAAAUGACCCAUUUCGGGGUUUUACGGGAGGUGUUUUGGCCAUUCUCGACGUUUAGUGCGUUCCAUAUAUGGCAAACAAAGCAAUAACUCCCGCCCUGGGCGACAGGUGACAGGUGUCAGUCUGCUAAUUAAUUGAAUUGUGCCGCCAGCCAAUCAGCGAAGAGAAAGGAACACUUCGUCGGCAAUGACGCAACAUUUGAUUGUCAUGUUUAUAUGUAGACGGAACCAUUCAUAUUUGAGAGGAUUUUGUAAUUUAUGUUACUCCAUAAAAGGUUACUGCAAAGAAAAUAGGAAUAUAAUAUGUGACCAUUAUUUUGAAAACAGCAAUUACAAAUAUACACAAAAUAUAUAUACGGAAAGAAACUUUUAGGUUUGAGAUUUUUAUGCAGACCUUCUUGAAGAUUCCACCCCGGACUCGUUCAUUUUUAAUUUUACAUUUACGUCACAGACUCCCGCAGCAACUGCAUUUAGUCUGCAGUUUUCUGCGCAUUUUACGUCAGCUUCUACCCAGUUUCGGUUGUCAUCGGUAGCAGAACAUCUUUAGCCUCUCGAGCUCUGUCCCUACAAAGUGUGCUCGAGCAGCUACAGGCCGACAUGCUACAGCUUCAGGCGGACGACAAAGCGAUACAGGCCGAAAUGCAGCAGCUUCGACAUGACACGGCGACCAAAGACCAAGAGUUCCAGACUGAGAUUGGACAACUUCAGACCGAGAUGGCGACCAAAGACCAGAUGUACCAGGCCGAAAUACAACAGCUUCACGCCAAAGACCAAGAGAUGGAAGCUGAAAUUCAGCAAAUUCAAAAUGAGAUGGCGGCCAAAGACCAGAUGCACCAGGCUGAUAUCCAACAACUUCAGACCGAGAUGGGGGCCAAGGACCAGAGGAUCCAGGACCUGGAACAGCGUGACUACAUCGAACGCUGCGAAAGCGGUGUCUUUGAAACACCAGAUGACGUCUUCACGUCCGGUGAUGGUGAUCGCCACCUCGACCUGACCGCCAAGUUCAGCAGGGCCUUCCGGACAACACCCGUGGUGACUGUGGGCUUGACGUCACUGGACCAUUUUCCUGGCCACACCCGCGCCAAAGCAACCGUGGUGUCCGUCUCCACAACCAGUCUGACGGUGCGAAUCGGCACCUGGGCCAGUUCACAGCUGUACGCUGCCUAUGUCCACUGGAUGGCCUGUGCAUGAGAUGUUAAAGUUACUCGGUUUGGUCGAAAGAGUCCAACUUGUAACCUGAUGACUUGUAGUGGUCGCAUAGAUGAAUUACACUCUGUUAACUUAAACUAAACAUGGCUAUAGAGGGAACUUUGAUGAAAAUAAACGGUUCAGUCAAUCUGAGUCUUUCCUA